AUGGCUCCCGUCGCAGUUGAACAGCAGCAGCCAGUGCUUCCUCCGGCUCCCGUGCGGGGUCCGUUGGACUACAAGGUCGCUUUCAACUAUGGGCCAAGGUCGUAUAAGAAAGAAAGUGAGGAGAAGGGCAGUGAGAAGCAUCCGCCGGCCAAGUACCCGCACUAUCUGCCAACCUGGAGCCCUAAGACAUACCCGCCUCUUGAGCCCUUCGAGCACUGUGAGCACGGCAAAGAUGCUGACCCUUCACUCUCACACCUCUUCGCCACUGGCCAGCACAAGCCCGUGGCACCCAAGAUUGGCUCCGAAGUGACGGGUGUGCAACUGAGCAAGCUCUCCGACAAGGCCAAGGACGAGCUGGCGCUCUUCGUUGCUCAAAGGAAGGUAGUCGCGUUCCGUGACCAGGACUUUGCCGACUUGCCCAUCCAAGAGGCAUUGGAUAUCGGUGGCUACUUUGGAAGGCACCACAUGCACGUUUCGAGCGGUGCUCCCGAGGGGUACCCGGAGAUCCAUCUCGUGCACCGCAGUGCCGACGAGACCACUGCCAAAGAUUAUUUCCAAGAGAGGACAAACUCCAUCACAUGGCACUCGGACGUCACCUUCGAGGCCCAGCCCCCAGGCACAACUUUCUUGUAUGUUCUGGACGGGCCCGAAGCGGGAGGUGACACUCUCUUCGCAAGCAUGGUGGAAGCGUACAACCGUCUGUCUCCCGAGUUUCAGAAGAGGCUGCACGGUCUCAAGGCCAUCCACUCUGGAUUCGAGCAGGCUGAGGCCAGUGCCGCGCGCGGCGGCGUCGUCCGCCGCACGCCUGUUGCCCACGAACACCCCCUCGUCCGGACGCACCCCGUCACUGGCGAGAAGGCUCUCUUCCUCAACGCACAGUUCACGCGUCGCAUCGUCGGCUUGAAGAAGGAGGAGAGUGACAUGUUGCUGAAGUUUUUGUUCGACCACGUUGCCGCUGGCGCUGAUUUCCAGGCCCGUCUCAAAUGGGAGCCCGGCACUGUGGUUGUCUGGGACAACCGCGUCACUGCUCACACUGCCAUCUUGGACUGGGACGAUGGACACCGACGCCAUCUCGCUCGCAUCACGCCUCAGGCGGAGCGCCCUUAUGAGACACCGUUCGAGGAGAAGAAAUAG